AUGCCUUUUUCUUCCUUUUUAAGACAAUGUCUCAAUUAUUUUAAAAACCAUUCCUUUUUUCUUUUCCUUUUCCUUUACCCUUUCCACUUUUUUACUUUUUCCUUUCUUUUCCAUCUUUCUUCAACUUUUCAUCUUUUUUUUUUAUCGUUUUCCUCGUCUUUUUUAACCAGAUCUUUCUAUUUUUCUAAAACCAUUAUUCUUUUCCUUUUCCCUUUUCCUUUACCUUUUCCUUUUCUUUUUCCUUUUUUCCUUUCCUGCCACUCUCUUUCCUUUUCCUUUAUCGUUCUUCCUUGUCUUUUUAAGAAGAUCUCUCUAUUAUUUCUAAAACCAUUCACUCUUUUCCUUUUCCUUUUCCUUUACCUUUCCCUUUUCUUUUACUUUUUCCCUUUCUUGCCACUCUCUUUCCUUUCAUCUUUUCUUUAUCGUCUAUUAUUUCUAAAAUCACUCAUUCUCUUCCUUUUCCUUUUCCUUUCCCUCUCCCUUUUCUUUUACUUUUUCCAUUUCCUGUCUCUCUUUCUUAUCAUCAUUUUUUGUCUUUCUUCCUCGUUUUUUUUUAAGACGAUCUCUCUAUUAUUUCUAAAAUCACUCACUCUCUUCUUUUCCUUUUCCUUUUCUUUUACCAUUUCCCUUUCUUGCCACACUCUUUCCUUUCAUCUUUUCUUUGUCCUUUUUCCUCGCCUUUUUUAA